UCUUUCUUACCUGCGUUACCUCCUUUCAUGCCAAUGUUCAGAUCCGGAACCUCUGCUUCCCGCCCCGUGUCCGCCCGGAAGAAGAUUCAUUGCACAUUUCCACUUCCGGUCCGUGCCCUUGAGGCUCCGUGGCCUGUGUGUGUUUUCCGGCUACUUAGUCGGCACCCUAAGGAACAUGGCGUCUGCUGCAGCCAGGGUCUGGUGCCGUGGGCUCUUGGGGGCUGCUUCCGUAGCCAGGGGGGCUGGGCGACCCUCAGUGCUGUUGCAGCAGCGUGUGAGAAGGGAGAGCGCGGCGGCUGACAAGCGCCCCACUGUCAGACCCUCGAGUGAUGUAACCCACAAGCGGCUCUCAGCAUUUGGAGAGUAUGUGGCUGAAAUCUUACCUAAGUAUGUCCAACAAGUUCAGGUGACCUGCUUUGAUGAGUUAGAAAUCUGCAUCCAUCCUGAUGGAGUCAUCCCAACGAUAACCUUUCUCAAGGAUCAUACCAAUGCACAGUUCAAAUCCUUGGCUGACUUGACAGCAGUGGAUGUUCCAACUCGGCAGAACCGUUUUGAGAUUGUCUACAACCUGCUGUCCCUGCGGUUCAACUCUAGGAUUCGUGUGAAGACCUAUGCAGAUGAGCUGACAGCCAUUGACUCCAUAGUGUCUGUGCACAUCGCGGCCAAUUGGUAUGAGAGGGAGGUCUGGGACAUGUUUGGAGUUUUCUUCUUCAACCACCCUGACUUGAGAAGGAUCCUGACAGAUUAUGGCUUCGAGGGACAUCCUUUCCGGAAAGACUUUCCCCUCACUGGCUAUGUUGAGCUACGUUAUGACGAUGAGGUGAAGCGGGUAGUGGCUGAGCCAGUGGAGUUGGCACAAGAGUUCCGCAAGUUUGACCUGAACAGCCCCUGGGAGGCUUUCCCUGCCUAUCGUCAGCCCCCUGAGCAUCUCAAACUUGAAGCUGGAGACAAGAAGCCUGAAGCCAAGUAACUUCACAAGCAUGUAGAUCCUAGAGGAAAAUGCCUUACCUAAGGUUGUCUGUAAAUAAACUCCAGUGGACAUUCACUCCUUC